AUGUUGAAUCAACAAGAUUGCAUUCUUCCACAAGAAACAACAAACUGCUUCUCAAGAGAAUUAUUCAGCAUUCUCUCCACAAGUGACCACAAUGAAAUCCUGAAUAUUUGCAUGAAUAAUGUUGAUCCUUCUCUUACUUGCGUUUCGAAUAAUACGUUCCCAUUACUAUUUGAAAAUCAAACAACACAACAACUCUCACCUGUUAACAACAACAACAAUAUGACGAACAACGCUUCCUCUGUUGCUCUUUCACCUUCUCUCAAUUGUACCAGUGCAAUGAUUGAACAAACUAAUAUUUCACACUCAUCUGAUACUCACUCCUCACCAAAUCCUUCGACCAACUUUCAAACAACUGCUACCAGCAGCAAUAUUUGCAGUGUUGAAUCAUCUCCCUUACUGAAAUUACUACAACAAUCAUCUGUGUCUCCUUCCUCCUCACAACCAUCCAUGUUUGGUCAAGUCAACAAUCAAAUUGUUGAUUCUUCAUCCAUGUACACAAAUUCGAUAACAGAAAGCUGUUAUCAAUUAAUUGAUGAAGCUUUGAAAGAUACACAAUCUUCACUUGGUUUGAUUUGGAGCAAGUUUGAUUCGAAUAAUACUACGUCGAACUCCAAAGGUAUUUGCACAACCAGCAAUGUUUCUAAUAGAACUGCUGUUAGCACUUCAACCCUUGAACAAAUUUAUCAGCAACAACAACCAAUUGCUAGUUUUGUUGCUUGUGUUUCUAACCAAUCAUCACACAACAAUGGAAUGGACAUCUUUCCAUUUAAUCUAGAUUCUAAUGCUAUUAACAUGCUAACUAGUGAAAAGAAGAAAAACCUCAAACGAAAACAAUCAACCAUUGAAUCUAAUUUACCAACCAAGAAACAAACCAUCACUUAUGAAAUUCUGCCAAUGUCCCAAACUGCAAUCCCAAGGCCUUCACCAAUCCAACAUCAAUCUUCAUUCAAUAAUAGAAUUACCACAACAGAUAGAAGAAGAAAAUACAAGGUCAGAUUUGGUCCAAAUAUGUUUGAUGAAAUUUCUAUCAAGAAAAAUAAUGAUAAACUUUCAGAAGUUGUUGCUGAUGCCAGAAAAUAA